CUGCGGCAGCUCGCGGGGGCCGAGCUGCUCCUGGCGGCUCGCCGGCAGCCACGGACCGAGCCGGCUCGGCUCGCCGACGGCGAUCAAGUGGCGAGCUCGGGCCGAGCCCGGCUCGGUCCGGCUUUUGUCCAGUCCCUACGACGCCUCACCCCCAAUCCACGCUUCCACCCCGCCGCCGCCGCUCGCCUCUGCCACUCCGACCACUUCGUCUCCUCCUCAUCCGACGACAAUGAUCCACCCCUCGCCCACGAACUCUUCCCCGCCGCCGGCGCCCCGACUCUGCUAUCCGUCGCGCGCUCGCUCGCCAACUCCCCCAGCCCAUCCGCCGCCUCCGUCCUCGGCUUCCUCCGCCGCCUGCCAACCGACGCCUCCCCGCACCUCUUCCCCCACCUCAUCGCCGCCCUCUCCCGCUCGCCCCGGCCCCUCCUCGCGCUCCGCCUCUUCCUCCGCCCGCCCACCUCCGCCGCCAUCACCCACCACUCCUUCAACUCCGCCCUCCUCCGCUUCCCGCUCCCCCCUCACCUGCUCCCCGCCUUCUUCUCCCACUCCCUCCGCCGCUUCACCCGCCUCGCCCCCACCCUCCUCUCCUUCAACCUCCUCCUCAAGUGCGUCUGCUCCUCGCUCGUCCCAAGGAACCACCAGCUCUAUCUCGAACUCGCUUUACGGGUUGUCCACCGAAGCAUUCCGGCGUGGAAACUUGUACCGGAUAAGUUCACGUACUCGACGGUCGUGUCGGCGCUGGCGGAUGCAGGGCGGGUCGACGAUGCCGUGGCACUGGUGCACGAGAUGGUGGUGGAUGGGGUGGUGGCCGCCGAGGCGUUUAAUCCUGUGCUGGGUGCAAUGCUGCGCACCGGGGAUGUUACAGGCGCGGCCAAGCUGUUUUCUUUCAUGCAGCUGAAGGGAUGUGCUCCUUCGGCCGCGACUUACAAUGUGCUGCUGCAUGGUUUGUUGCUCUGCGGUAGGGCCAAAGCGGCCAUGGGGGUUAUGAGGAGAAUGGAGAGGGCGGAGGUGGUGCCGGGCGUGAUGACCUAUGGGGCAGUGGUAGAUGGAUUAGUGAGGUGUGGAAGAUUGGAGGAUGCAUGUAAGGUGAUUGAGGAAAUGAGGAGCAAGGGCCUUGUGCCUAAUGAGUUUGUGUUCUCGCCUGUGAUCACUGGGUUUUGCAAGUUAGGAGAGGUUGAUAGGGCAUCAAGGGUGUGGGACACAAUGGUAGCUGCUGGGAUAAAGCCAAAUGUUGUCUUGUAUUCAGCAAUGAUUGAUGGCCUUGCUCGGUGUGGGAAGAUGACUGAGGCCGAGCUGUUAUUCAGGGAGAUGAUUGAGGCAAAAUGUGUACCAAAUAUUAUGACUUAUAGCUCGAUGGUUCGGGGAUAUUUCCAAAUUGGAGAUUCAUCACAGGCUCUUUCUUUCUGGGAGGAUAUGUUAAGGAUUGGAUGCACACCAAAUGCUGUUACUUACAGCGUGUUGAUCAAUGGAUUGUGCAAUGUAGGGAGAUCGAAGGAUGCUAUGAUGGUCUGGAAGCAUAUGCUUGGCCGUGGCUGUGUCCCUGAUACAAUUGCUUAUACUUCAAUGAUCAAGGGCUUUUGUGUUUCUGGGAUGGUGGAUGCUGGUUUACGGCUGUUUUAUGACAUGCUUGCAAGGGGCGAUACUCAUCCAGAUGUCAUCUGUUACAAUGUAUUGCUUGAUGGGUUGCUCCGUGCGAAGGACCUUCCUCGGGCAAUGGACUUGCUCAACCAGAUGCUUGACCAAGCUUGUGAUCCAGACACAGUGACUUGCAAUACGUUCUUGCGGGAGAUUGAGGUUGGACAAAAAGGGCAGGAGUUCUUGGAGGGUCUAGUGGUGAGGUUAUGCAAUAGAAAAAGGAAUAAGGCAGCUGGAGAGGUCUUAAUGGUGAUGCUGGCCAAGUAUAUUGUGCCAGAGGCUGCCGUUUUGGAGAUGGUAGUGAGAGGUGUUUGCCGGCGUAAGAGGGUUUGGAGAGUGAUUGACAAAUGUUGGGAUGAGAUUUGGAGGUUCUGAGGAGUUUUUUUUUGUAUGAUGUCUUAAUACCAUAGGAGCACACAUACUGGAGUUUUUCUGUACUCCAUUUGUUGUACGUUGUAAUAUUGCGGCAUACUGGCACUAAUUCAUUCAUUAAUUUCAAAGACUUUGACACAAUAAAGAGAUAGCUAUUAAUCAUCAUGCUUGUUUUUGAGCA